AUCCGCUGGUUAUAUGCGGUACUGCGUUCUCAGCUGCUAUUUCGCUUGGAAACUCAGCCUGAUUUCUAGUCUUCGGGGGUCCACUGAAUAAAGGGGUUCAGAAUAGCUGUGAUCCUGGCGCAGGAGGAGCAAGAACCAUCCUGGGCCACUGGAGAUGUAGAGGAAGAGGAGCUGGCAGUCCAAGAUCUAUUUGCAUUUUAUGGCUAUGAAGCGUCAGACCCCUUACCUGAUAAUGAAGUAGAGAGUAGUGAAUCUGAAAGUACACAGCCAUUAUUCCAGGUUCAAGCAUCAUCUGAAACUGAACAGAUGUCUCCCUCUUUGGCUUCUGGAGGGUCUGCUGAUCUCUCUCCUCGUUUUGCAGAUUCUCCUGAGGACUGGACAUUGGAGUCUGAGAUCAGGUCUGAGGAAGUUUUUUUAGGAUCUGAGCCUCAACUCCCAUAUCUGAGAUACACUCCGACUGGUGGGAGAGAUUCUCAGGAUAAAGACCAGCUGCUUUGGGAUCCUAGUGUUCUCCCUGAACGAGAAGUGGAGAACUACCUGAUAAAAGUAGCAGAUUAUCAGCUUAGAACAGGGGACUCUUAUAAUCAAGAUGAAGGGAUUGUCAGAGAUGAUGAACAGGCUCUCUAUGAAUUGGUGAAAUGUAGAUUUCACACAGAAGAGGCUCUCCGAAGACUUCACUUUAAUGUCAAGGUAGUACAAGGUCAGCUGUGUGCUUGGAGUGAAGAUGAAUGUAGAAGUUUUGAGCAAGGGUUUCGGGUGUAUGGGAAAAAUUUCCAUCUCAUCCAGGCUAACAAGGUGCGCACACGGUCAGUAGGGGAGUGUGUCCAGUUUUACUACAGUUGGAAGAAGUCUGAGCGCUAUGAGCAUUUCACUCAGAGUCGGAUGGGGAGGAGAAAACAGCUGAUAAAUGCAGCAUCCUUAGAGUAUGAAAGUGAUGUGCCAAAUUCAAAAUGUCAGUAUGCACUACGUGGCUCUGUAUUCAACAAAGGGGUUGGAGCUGGACCCAAGAAAAGCUCCUCUCAGGACAAUACCUGCUCUUGCAAUAAAGAUCAGUUUCCUUGCAGACUUCACGCAUCCUCUUGUCCUAAUCAGGAGGAUCAGCAAUCUCUUGACCUGCACAAUGAAUCUAUCAGUCAUGAUCCACACCAGUCAGAACUACCCUCAUUACCUGUUGCAAAAAAGCAAGACCAUCCUUUGGAAGAGUUCAACAUGGCUGACUUAUCUCUUCACAGUUUCUUAUCAAGGCAAUCAUUUUUGUGCACUGGUUCUUUUUCCUCUUAAACAUUUGUCUCAUUUUCUACUUAAAGUUGCCUUUGGACUUAUUAUUCUGUCUAGCAGAAGAAAGCUUGUAUCAUUCCUUCUCUAUCAGCUGUUGGAUUAUAGAUGCUCAAUUGUAUCAACUCAGGAAGACAUAACUAACAAUACCAGAAAAUCUGGAGGCUUUUUGAUUUGAAGUAUUAAACUAUGUGCUGGAAAUUAACUUAGUUUAAGCAACUUGUAAUGUUGUUUUAUUUAAUUUAUUUUUUUUAAUUUAAAGUUUCUUCACUCACAUUUGAUACUGCUAGCACACACGCUU